GUGGCGGUAACGCACCUACGAGCUGGUUUGCCAACCGCCAUUAGAGCCCGAAGAAGACGAAACGUUGUUUACAACCGUGGAAGCACCGGAAGACUCGGUUUCGGUAUAAUGCAGUCUCCUCUGCGCUGGGUGCUGUGGGAUGUGAAGGACACCCUUCUGAAGGUGCGUGCGUCUGUGGGAGAGCAGUACUGCAGGGAGGCUGAACGAAUGGGCUUGAACCUCAGUCCUGUGGACGUCCAAGCCGCUUUCCUCCAGGCGUAUAAACAGUAUUCCAGGAGAUACCCAAACUAUGGCGUCACUCAGGGCCUGGAUGGACGGUCUUGGUGGAUCAGAGUCGUGCAGGACACUUUCUCCAGGUGCAGGGUACAGGACCCAGCCCUGCUCCAUACAAUGAGUAACAACCUUUAUCAGAACUUCUGCAAUGCAGAGAACUGGGAGGUAUUUCCAGACUCACAGAAGGCACUGGAGAGCUGUUCCUCUCUCGGACUGAAGAUGGGUGUGGUGUCAAACUUUGAUAGUCGCCUAAAAGAGAUUUUACGUGUUUGUGGCCUGCUGUCUCACUUCAGCUUUUUAAUAACGUCCGAGGAAGCAGGUGUGCCAAAGCCGAGUCCAAACAUUUUUCAUCAGGCACUGCAGAAAUGUGGAGUACCAGCUGCUAGUGUAGCUCAUAUCGGGGACCACUAUGUGAACGAUUACCUUGCCUCUCGGUCUGUGGGUAUCCACGGGUUCCUGUUAGACAGACACAACAAGUGUAACCAACCGGACUUUCCUCAAGAGCAUCGGCUCAGCUCCUUGGAGGAGCUGCCAUCACAGCUCCGGCAGCACAUAGACUAAUGCCAAUCAGCCGUGGGCUCAAGUGCAAAGCUACUCAGCCCGACUGUGGUUCAGUUAAGAAACUAAUUUCUGUGACUGACCUGAGUGGGCUCAACCACGUUAGAGCUCUCUACAUAGUUAACAAAUGUAUUGAACCAACGCAAGGUCUGUGUUGUCAUAUAAAAACUGUAUCAGUGUGUAAUUGUCAUGCAGAUUUAUUGUAAAUAAAUUGGGAGCAAUAAAUAUUUAUGAAUUGUCUCAUAAAA